AAGGAACCGCGAGAAAACCGUCGACUCUGCAUAAGUUAUGGGCACGGGCCGGUCCCGACCGUUUUGGGAGCGAGCAGCUCGCUUUCGGGGAAACUUGCCCCUUCCGAGAUGCCCGUUCCCGCCAGAGCUUGGGUGUUGUUAUCUGGGGAAAGUGAAAACCUCAAGAAGAUAAGCAUAAAUUUUUCGAAAAUAUGACAGGUGCAAACUUUUCCUGCCAACUCCGAGCUCGGAGAUCAACUGGAAAGUGAUAACCAACAAAGUGCCGAAGGACUCAUUGACUUGAGAAGCGUGGAGCUGUUUAGAGUGGACUCUAUCACCAUCGAUUCUUGACGAAGUCCUAGUCCUCACGACUCAAAAGUUCCACUGCUUGACUGCGACUUCGAACGUCAUUAUGGUUGCUGCGCAAAAACCACUAAUUAACCUUUUGAGAGGCUGGCCGAACCCUAAGCUCCUCCCGGCGCCGCAACUCAAAACUGCCUCGCAGAGCGUUCUUUCAAAUCCAGACGUCUUCGUUCCCGGCCUACAGUAUGGGCCCGAUCCUGGAUAUGAGCCACUACGAGAGCAAAUUGCGUCAUGGCUGCACAAAUACUAUCUACCGCUGGAGCAGAUAUCUCCAGAGAGAAUCUGUAUCACCGGUGGCGCUAGCCAAAAUCUUGCCUGCAUCCUGCAGGUCUUCACCGAUCCGGUCUACACUCGCAAUAUCUGGAUGGUGGCUCCAACAUAUUUUCUAGCCUGCCGCAUUUUUGAGGACUCCGGGUUUCAUGGUAGACUGCGUGCAGUGCCAGAAGACAAAGGGGGCAUUGACUUGGACUUCCUACGAAGGGGCCUGAGAGAGAGCGAAAAACGCGCCGAAUUGGAAGGAAACAAUGUGCCGAAAUUGAAACCUAAUCGACCAUGGGCCCGAGUAUACCGCCACAUUAUCUAUGCUGUGCCUACGUUUUCCAACCCCUCCUCGAUUACAAUGAGCCUUCAACAUCGCGAGGAGCUCGUCCGUCUUGCACGCGAGUUUGAUGCGCUCAUCAUCACUGACGAUGUGUAUGACCAUCUUCAGUGGGCUGUGUCUGUCUCGGCACAUAGCUCGGGCAAUCGCGAUGCCGACCAUGCUAUUUUGCCCCGCAUUGUAGACGUGGACCGGCGGCUAGAAGGCGGUGCCGAGCGUUCAGGAUCACACGGGUUCGGAAAUGCCGUCAGUAAUGGCAGCUUCAGCAAGAUUGUAGCCCCAGGCUCUCGGACGGGCUGGGCAGAGGGCACACCGAAGUUUGCCUUUGGUCUCUCUCAAACCGGCUCGAGUAGAUCUGGCGGCGCGCCCUCCCAACUCGCUUCAACUUUCAUCGCAGACAUGCUGGCCUCGGGCGAGCUGCAGAAACAUAUUCGGAAUGUUCUUCGGCCUGCCUACGCUGCACGAUACCGUCGAAUGCUUCUCGCAAUCGAGCGAUACCUUCUUCCGCUGGGCGUGACCAUGGCUCAGCCCGACCGGGAUGUCGUGGGUGGCUACUUCAUCUGGUUCGAUCUUCCAAACGGAUUGGAUGCAGAUUUGGUAGCUCGCCGUGCUAUGGAGAUGGAGAACGUGAUCAUUGCUGAAGGCAGUCUUUUCGAGGUUUCGAACGAUGCAAAAGGGGCACGCUUUCCUAGCGCUGUGCGCGUCUGCUUCUCCUGGGAGGAAGAAGACUGCUUGGCCGAGGGUAUUGAGAGGCUAGCGAAUGUGGUGAGAUGCAUGUUGAAUGGAGAGUGCAGCGACUUUGUCCCAUCAGACAACAACGGCAGCUCUAGGGACCAACAUCGCUAAAAAAAUUCUGGUGGUGGGCGAAAAAGUCUUUUCUUCGAAAUGCAUAAGGAGCCGUUGAAAAAUGGCGAAUCCAUUCGUUGCGGCCGCAAAACUCACUUUGAGAAAGAGACCACGUAACAAUAAGGGAUGUGACG